AUGAAUUUCAAAAGUGGGGUCUCGCUCGGUCAACUCAACGACGACUACAAUCAAUUGAGCAGAACAAAAAGCAAGCUAUCCAAGCGAAAUAUUUUAAAAACAUCCAGCGAUAACCCACUCGAUUUCAAAUCAACCAUUCUAGAUUCAAAAUUGGGUGCUCUAUCAUUCUAUGAUUCGGGUUUAUUCCCAGUCAAUGUUGAUGAUCAGUUUACGUUUUUAGCAAGUGAUGAUGAGAAGGUUAUUUUGCAUGGUAAAUUAGAACCAUGCCGUUACAAAAUGUCUCUUGAACGAUCUCAAAAUAAUACAAAUGAAGCAGUGACCAUUCACGUUGAAGCUUUGGAAUUGUCCUUAGAUUUGGAAGCAGUCAUGACUCAACGAGAGCAGAAAUGGACCACUGAAUUUAAUUUAUUCAGAAAAGAUGGUGAUGUACAACGUGAUAAUUUGAUCACAGUAUUGAUAAAAGUAUCUCGUUCUGUCACUGGAACUACUUCAUCCUUCGGCUUUCAACUCUAUAAAAAGAAGGAUGUCGUUCAUUCCAUUAAAUUGAACAUGAAACAAUUGAAGAAAAUUCCAGUCUCAAAUAUUGAAGCAGGAAUUUAUGAAGUGGUCGUGCAUCCCAUUGUGACUGAUGGGUUAAACCCAUUAAAUGUCAAAAUUUCUGCAUACGAAGAAAGAAGCUCAACAUCAACAACGACUGGAACCGCUGGAACAUUUUUAGAAGGAUCUCAAGAUCUUGUGGCACUCAGUUCAAGAUCUUAUCUUCAUCACGAAGUUGCACAAGGAGUUGCACAAACCUCCGAUUGGGUCUCUGAUCGAUUUAUUAUUUAUGGUAGAAGUAAUAUGACCACUCCGAUUACUGCUCACAUCUCUGUGUCUGUUUCCUUGUCGAAACCACUCUCUCAAGAUUCAUACCUCAAUGAGUACAAGGUAUUUGUUUAUCGUGUUGGUGACGAUACACCGGUCAUGGAAAUUUCACAACAUGAACUCGGUCAAUUAUGUACUCACUUGGUGACAAGAAUUUUCUAUGCAUACAAUGUUAAAAAAAGUGUAAAAGAAUUGGAUGAUAUUAUUGCAGUUUGUGACAGUUAUGGUACUGUUCAAGAUAAAUCAAAAAGUCAAAACGAUCAAAACUCAAUCUCUGUGAGACCUGAGCCAAUGGUGAAAGUGAGAGAAAUUGCCGUUAACAAAAAAGAACAAUUGAUUGACUAUUUUAGACGGAACAAGGAAAUUAAAAAGGGCAUUGAAGAGAAGAAUUUGACUCUACUUCUCAACUACAUGAGAGACAAAAACACCUUCGAUGAGGCAUUACCUCUCACAAAAGAAGCUCAACAAGUCGUUCAGGAAAUGGAAGCCAAAACCAAAUUUGAAAAUGAAAUUUAUGGAGUUUUACAACAAGAAGCACUUCGGUUUGCCAAAAAACAUCCUCAUUAUGACAUUCAAGAAAUUUUCGCAGAACAAGAUCAAACCUUGGAAAAGUAUUACAAAAGUAUUCUCAAAGAGGAGAAGGAAAAUGGAGGCAAAAAUUGUGGACCCAUGUCCUAUGUAUUGAAAACAUUGUAUGAAUCCAUCAAAUUAGUGAAAGAUGAAAUUAUGAAUAAUCACUUGGAAUCAUCCAAGAAGGAUCUCUUGACCAAACAAGUGGUUUGGAGAAGAAUGGCUCAAACAUCAUCGGAUGAGCAAGACCGUGACGAAUGGAAAGUGAAAUUGGAUAACGAUGAAGAUGAAGUAUUCUUCUUUGAAGAGGAAUAUGAAGAUAGUGAUGACGAUUUGAAUUUCGAUUCGGAUGACGAAAAGAAGAAGAAACCUGAAACACCAACCAAGAAGGGUGCUAAUCCUCUCUUGGGUAAACUCUUCUCAUCACUCUCAACAAAAUCUUCCAGCAAAUCAAAUCUCAAUUUAGGAUUUAUUGCAUUGAUGGGUUUCGCUUUGUAUACCUCUGACCAAAUUGUUAGAAAAGAAGGUGACAGUAACACAAUGGUGAGCAAAUUAUCACAAGAACAUUUCAUGUCCAUUUAUAGAGUGGCUCGUUAUGUCAUUGUUUAUGGUUUGAGACAUGUCAAGAAAAACUCCAUUGUUCAAGAAAAACUUACGGCUGCCAUUGUCGAUCAGCUCACCAGCAAGAUUGAGUUCACAAUUAAUUCUCUUGAAAAAUAUUUACCAAAAGAUGAAGUGACAAGAAUGAGAAAAAUCAUUUAUGCCAUCAAUGACAGAAAUGAUGCAAGAUUUGAGUCAUUGCUUACAAAGACUGAAUUAGCCGCUUGGAAGGAAAAGAAACAACGAGAAGAGCGUUCCUUUACUUCGAUUCUUCAAAGAAAUUUGGAUUCUCCGAAACCAUCUGAUAGUUCUGUUCGUAAAAUUGAAGACAAACCAUUACCAUUGCCAGCAGUUGCAAAAAUCACUAAGGACAUGAGUGACUCUGAUGACGACUCUUCGAUUGAUAUCAGUGACAGUGACGAAGAUUCUCCAAGAGAGAAACCAAAGAAUGACACCAACCAAACUCAACCAAUACAACCUCCACAACCACAAGUAAUUGAAGAAGAAGCAGAAGAUGAAAUUGUUGUGAAAUAUGACAUUAACGGUAUCGAUCAAAUUCCUCAUUUAAAUUUGACUAAUCCUGAAGAAUUCAUUCAACUCUUUGUCAAUCAAGUCGAUUUACUUGUAUUUUAUUUAGAGAAUCAAGUCAAGCUCACUGGAGCAUCUUUGGAAUCUCUGUGUGACGAGCAUAACAAGGAGAAUUUAAUUUCUGCUUACUUUAGAAAAUCCAUCCUGCCUGCAUUUAGAGCACUUUUUAUUGGACCGUUUGAAAAUCCAGGAGAUGUUUUCACCAAUGAAGAAUCUUACAAUUUCAACUAUUUACUCGAUGUAGCAAGAAGUGGUGUACAAAAUGCAAACAUUACGACCAUUAUUGAAGGAAUUUUCAAAGUUCAAAAAGAAAUUACAAUUAACGAUUUAUGGUUGGAAGAUCCUGAUCAUUUCAAAUCCACUCGAUUCAAUGCAUUUUGGUGCCAUCUCUUGAACACCAAGAAAGCUCUACAAGUUUUUGAUGAAAUUUGUUCACCUAAUUAUUACUCGAAUUUCUACAUCAAGAAGCCACCGAAAUUUGCACAUCCCAAUGUGAGAGCAGCAUUUGAAAAAUUAUGUCAACUUCCUCUCUCGUUGAGUGGUGAUGCAUUCUUGAAUCAAUAUGAUCCAUGUGUAUUGGAGGAAGGUGAAGAAACAAUUCAAGAAGAAUAA